GUCACGUGCGUAAUUGCUACAUGUCUAGUGUUGCAAUUGCUACACAUUCAUGUAGCUACAUUCGUGUGAGUACUUUAUAUACAAUUUUGUUGCAAGGAACACUUUAUUUGAGGAGGAGAAGUCAGAUGUUGCAAAAGAGAGCCAAUGAGGAGAUGCUGGACACUGCAGCAAGGAGAGAUUAUCUGAAAGUCAGACAGCAAAUACUUGCCAAGAAAUAUGGAUUGGGAGAGACGAGGGUAAGCAGAGCAAGCAGCAGACAGAGUUUUUCUUUGCAGAGCCAUCAAAGUUUUGAUUCAUUGCAUGCCAUGAUUGGUGACUCACCAAGAGGAUCAUCCCCGAGAACACACAGACGGCAAGUGAGCGGUGGUUCACUGUCUAGACUCAUUGAUCAUAAUGAGCAAUCGCUUCAUGUUGUACCAACGUCAGCAGCAAGAGCUAGCCGAGCAAUGGCUGGAGAUACAACUUUAGCUGAGAAUUAUGCAUUUGCUGGGAUGCAUUACAUCUUUGAUAAACAUUCAGAAGCUGUAACUGUCAUCAAGUUUUCCCCAAACGAGAAGACAAAGUUAGCAUGCUGUUCCAAGGAUGGCACACUCUCUAUUCACGCUCUUAGUCCAGGCCCUCCAACUCUCGUCUGCACUCUGAAAGGCCACAAACGAGCAGUCACAGAUUUCGACUGGUCAUUAGAUGGCGAUUUCGUCGUGUCGUCGUCUCUUGAUCAAACGGCUCGACUGUGGAACGCAAAAUCGGGGAAAUGCCUUCGAUUUAUGGAGGACUGCAACACGUCCGAGUUACUCUGCUGUCUCUUUCAACCGGCAAACAACAACUUCAUUGUCACCGGCAGCAUCAAAUCACAAAUCCAGACGUGGAAUGUUUCAACUGGAAAGGCAAUCAAAGGAGGUCUUGGAAAGACAGCAGGUGCCGUCAAGGCCUUGUCAUUUGACAGCUCAGGGACCACCCUGUGGUGUGGCGAUGAUAAGGGCUCCAUAUUUUCCUUCAUAUUCAAUGUGACCUCAGGCCGAGUUCAAAGGGCCAAACGGUAUGUUGUCUGUCCUGGUAAGCCAAUAACUUGUAUUUCGAAUCGAAGUUGGAUGACUCGAGAGGCUCGUGAUCCGUCCCUUCUUGUCAACUCGAGACAAGAUUGUCUACUGCUCUUUCGCAUUGUCCCUGAUGGAACAAUCGAAAUGAAACGAAGCUUCCCCAUCAGUCAUUCACGACUCAACAUUCGAAGUGCAUUCUGUCCCCUCAUGUCAUUCCGUGAAGGUGCAUGUGUUGUGACUGGGAGUGAAGAUAUGUGUGUCUAUUUCUUCGACGUUGCAAGUAAGACAUGUGUCAACAAGCUGCAGGGUCACUCUGCUGCAGUACUUUGUGUUUGCUGGAAUUAUGAUGAGAGUUUGCUGGCAUCUUGUGAUGAAGAGGGCACGGUGAUUGUAUGGAACAGAGAACAAUAACGAGAAUGUCGGCUACUGUCUAUAGCA